AUGCGGAGUGCCAUUGGAGCAGUAUCGAUGGCCCUUCCUAUCUUCGCCACACUGUUUGCAUUCAUUACCUUUGCACUUUCGAACCAUGCAUUGGAUGCGGCGACUAUAUUCUCGUCGCUUGCGCUCUUCAACUCCCUGCGCACUCCGCUGAACUGGCUCCCCAUGGCCAUUGGACAAGUGGUCGAUGCGUUAGCAUCUGUCCGACGUAUAGAGGAGUUUCUACAGGCAGAGGAACAUGAAGAACAGGCUGUCUGGGACUUGAAUAUGGUCGCUGCGUUGGAACUUCGCAACGCGAGCUUUACCUGGGAGCGAGGCAUGGGUACUGACAAGUCUGUGGCGCCUGAAUCCGCCUCAGCACCGCAGUCAGUCUUCCAGCUUCAUGACCUGGACCUAACAGUCCCACGGAACGAGCUACUGGCCGUUGUGGGCACUGUAGGCGCUGGCAAGACAUCAUUGCUCGCUGCGUUGGCCGGCGAGAUGCGCCGCACAGGGGGCACUAUGGUUCUGGGAGCCUCUAGAGCCUUUUGUCCCCAAUAUGCCUGGAUCCAGAACGCUACGGUUCGUGAUAACAUUGUCUUUGGACAGCCGUUCGAUUCGGAUUGGUACUAUAAGGUGGUCGACGCGUGCGCUCUUCGAGCGGACUUUCGCAGCCUGCCUGCAGGCGACAUGACGGAGAUCGGAGAGAGAGGGAUCAAUCUUUCCGGGGGCCAGAAACAGCGAGUGAACCUGGCGAGGGCCGUCUACUCGCGCACAGACAUCGUGCUCAUGGACGAUCCGUUGUCCGCUGUGGACGCACACGUCGGCGAGCAUAUCUUCCAGCACGCCAUUUGUGGCCUGUUAAAAGACAAGUGUCGGAUUCUCGCUACCCAUCAACUGCAUGUUCUCGACCGCUGUGAUCGCCGCUCCGCGGACUUCAAUCGCUUGAUGACUUUGAGCGUCCAGCGCGAGGAAGGUGAUGAAAAGGGAAAGCCCAAAGACGAAGGGAACUUCGAAGAUCGUAUCGAGCGUGUCGACUCCAGCGUCUCGCUUCAUGGUGAUGGGGCACUAAUGACUGCAGAGGGCAAAGCGGUCAAGAGUGUUCCGUGGAGCGUCUACUUGGCGUACAUCCGCGCAUCAGGAAGCAUCCUGAACGCCGUCUGGAUCUUCCUGUUGCUUGUCGGCUUCCGUGGGGCUAAUAUCAUGACUGGCCUCUGGCUGAGUUACUGGUCGGCCCAAUCUUUUGAUCUAAGUCGGGGUCAAUGGAUUGGCAUAUACGCUGGACUGGCAUGUCUCCAGGGAGUCCUGCUGUUUGCCUUCUCCCUGUGUACAAGUGUGGUUGGUACGAAUGCAAGCCGCACAAUGCUCAAUCAGGCUACCUGGCACGUCUUACGAUCUCCUAUGUCGUUCUUCGACACAACGCCUCUGGGUCGCAUUACCCAUCGAUUUACCAAAGAUAUCGAUGUGAUGGAUAUGAGCCUCACAGAUUCCUUGCGGAUGUAUCUUGUGGUGCUCAGUAUGAUCAUUGGUGUCUUUAUACUUACCAUUACGUACUUCUACUAUUUCGCCGCCGCUAUUGCGCCCCUGACGGUUCUUCUUGUGAUAUGGACAGCCGUGUAUGCCCGGUUCAGUGAGGCGUUAGCAGGGACGUCUAGCAUUCGAUCGUAUGGGCGACAACAGCAAUUUACUUCACGCGUCCAGUCGGCCAUCGAUGACAUGAACAGCGCUCACUUUCUAACGUUUGGCAACCAGCGAUGGCUUUCGCUGCGUCUGGACAGCAUUGGAAACGCGCUCGUCUUCACCAGCGGCAUCCUUGCUGUGGCCGAACGAUAUAGCAUAUCUCCCAGUAUUUCUGGUCUAGUACUGAGCUACAGUCUGAGCAUUGUACAGCUCAUCCAAUUCACUGUGCGACAGCUGGCAGAGGUAGAGAGUGCGAUGAAUGGAACUGAACGCAUUCAUGAAUAUACAGGCCUAGAGCCAGAGGCUCCGUUGGACUUGGGGAUGGUGCGUCCGACCUGGCCUGAACAGGGACAAAUCACCUUUGCGAACGUCACAAUGCGGUAUCGCCCUGGGCUCCCGCUGGUCCUUAACAGACUAAACCUCGCCAUCACGGGAGGCGAGCGGAUCGGAAUCGUCGGUCGGACUGGAGCAGGGAAGAGCUCGAUCGUUUCAGCGCUGUUCCGACUGGUCAACCUGGCGGAGGGCUCUAUCACCAUUGAUGGGGUGGAUAUCUCUCAGAUCGGCCUGCAUGAACUGCGCGCACGGGUGUCCAUAAUUCCCCAGGACCCGACGUUCUUCCGGGGUACAGUGCGGUCCAAUCUCGAUCCGUUCAAUGAACACACCGACACCGAGCUCUGGAACGCCCUGCGACAGAGUCAUCUCGUGGAUGCGAACAAUGCGACCAAUGCUAAAUCACAGGAGUCGGAGAACGAUGGGUCCAGCAUGUCAAAGAUCACCCUGGAUGGCCCUGUGGAUGAAGAGGGAUCGAACUACUCGCUCGGCCAGCGACAGCUUCUAGCCUUCGCCAGGGCCAUGGUACGGGACAGCCGGAUUAUUGUGAUUGACGAAGGAACCAGUUCGAUUGAUACCGAGACCGACAUGAAAAUCCAGGAGACCAUUGUCAAUAACUUCCGCGGAAAGACCCUGUUGAGCAUUGCUCAUCGUCUACGAACGAUCAUUGGAUACAACCGUAUCUGUGUCAUGGAUAAGGGCGAGAUAGCAGAGUUAGGUCCGCCGCUGGAGUUGUGGAAGAGGAUGGGCAUCUUCCGCAGUGCAGCUCACUCCUUGGGAGCCAAAUCCAUUGCUAAUCUGCUUAUGACAUGGAAUGCCGUGUACCACCUGUGCACUCUGUUAGGCAAUGCGAUUUGCUGGAAACAACAGCCCCAUGCGCUAGGGCAAAUAGUGGCACUGGCGGCGCUAUCCAUGGUUCCUCCGGGGUUCGUAACGGGCAGCACUAAGGUAGUAUUCAUGGGCGAGUCAACGUUACAGCGCCACCGGCCGCCAAUCAGUGCCCUCUGUAGCGCCAUAGAAAAUGAUAUUGCCCGCUUUAUUGACCAUCCACGCGCCGCCGCCAUAUUCGUAUACUGCACUGCCAACAUUAUAUGGAGGGCGCAGGAUGUUUCGGGCAUCGUGACUGGACUCAUCAAUCUGCAGGAUGUCCCUGCGCCCAUAUGGCUGGGCUUCAUCGACAAAAAUGAGGCCGCUGGGCUCCUGGCUAAGAUCAGAAGGCUCCUCCAAUUUGUAAAGCGGGAUAAUGGCUCACAUGGACUCGAGUACUUCCAAUCGAAUUUGUUUUGGCCAGGACAUCUGCCGUAA